AUGAGUACAAAAUUCCCUUUAACUGGAAUAGAAUAUUUAGAAUUAUUAAAUAUUUUUAAUCUUUCUGGAAAAGUAUCAAUCAACGAUCAAGAUAUAAAUGUAAUCAAUGAAAUUGAUUUGAUUUCAAAGGAUGUUCAAGAUGGAGAAUUACAUUUAGUUUGUCAAGAAUCUGAUAGUUUGGAUUCACUUAUAUCAUCAUGUUAUUCACCAUUCUCAGAGUAUCAAUACCGAAAGACUAAAAAUGGAGUUUGGAAACAAACACAAAUAUCAAAGGUUCAAAUGGCCGAUGGCUAUCUAUUGGGAUACCAAAGAUGUUUUACUUUGGUUGGAGGAGAAUCGUAUUUGAAAAUGUGGGAGUUUUCUACUCCAUCGAUUUACAACAAGUCACAGGGAGACAAUACAAUGGUGUUGCGUCACUACAUCUAUGAUCAACCACUCUAUGUUAGACAACGACCACGUCCAAUGAGUAUAUCAUUCCCAGCAUCUGCACCCGUCAACCAAAAACAUAAUCUUCCAAGUUAUUAUCAUCCACAUCAACAACAACAACCACCAACAAAUGAAAUAAUGGUACCUCUAGCCAAUACGACUUUGACUUCUGGAAAAUCUACAAAGAAGAAUAGAUCCUCUAAAUUAAUUCAUCCACCAGAUUUACAUUCUAUAUUUAAAUUAUUACAUGGUACUAAAGCUUAA